GUCGACCGGCCAGAUUUCCCUGGUGCCUGACCGCCGCUUCUGCCGACCAAGGCUGGCCGCCGCUGCCGUCUUGGAAGUCGUCGAGGCAAGCACAAUGCGAGCGCGAUGGCUGCGCCUGUGUUCGCCAGGGCAAAGACGGCCAGGACUGCCCGCCCAUGCUCAGCUGCCUCCGAGAUAGUCUUGCCUUGGCAUGGCUCCAAUCAAUGAAUCGGUCGGCGGGCAGUCGAGGUCGAAAGUAGUAUCUCACCCUCGACGGUUCUGCCGUCCACGCCGGAUCGAGAAGCCACGCUACGUUGCCGCUGCCAUUACAGCGUUUCUGUCUCACUGCCCCUCUAGGUUGGCAAUGUGCGCCAAGAUCUUCCAAGAAGAAUUGGCCGAUCAAGCUCAUGGCAAGGACGACUGCAAGAUGUCUUCGAUGAUUGGCACACCAUCGUCGACACUCUGCUCCAACAAAGCAGCGUCUCGUCGUAACAGCUGCUUCGAUGCCGUACAGGUUGAGGAAGCACAGCAAAAGGAUGGUACUCAAGACGGUGAGCGGCCCUUGGUCGCGCCGGGUCUCGGCCACGUAGAUGGAGCUACCCGCAGCAGCGGCCCAGACUCCGCGACGAGAAGCAGUCAUGCCUCGAGGGACAGCAGCGAUUUGUCAAGCAUCAGUCAUGCUACUCACUCAAGCGGCGGCUUGACGUGCGCUUCCAGCGAAGUCCUCUAUCCUCAGCCAGAAAACCUUCAUCAGUCCCCCUCUCUCGAGGGCACUAGGCGCUACUCCUUGGCUGGUCUCGCGGUCACCGUCAGCUCUGAGCAGCCGGCAAGCGACAGCCUCUUCACUCGUCGAAACAGCAUCAUCAGCGGAAUGAGCUUGAUGUCCGCCCCAACCUUCAAUGGCUCGCCCCCAGCUGCAAUUUCAAUGCCCAGCGAGAAGCGCGUCCUCAGGGCAAGCACCACACACAGUCGCACUGAAUCGGCUGCCCCAUUGUCGACAACAAUGACGAGUCGACGACCCGUGAAGAAGCGCAACCUCGCGACCAACGCUGCCGCGCUCAUCAUCGGCAAAGCUGAGGAGUGCAGUAGCUCCAGCGAAGCAGAUGUGGAUGAAGGCCACACCACGACAAAGAGCGCCAAGAGGAAGCCGAAGACGAGGAGCACCAAGGCCUGCGACAAAUGCCGCGAGCAGAAGUGCCGAUGCAUCCCUUCAUCCGAACGCAGUGACACCUGUACGCAAUGCCUCCUCCUCGGUCUCCGCUGCACAUUCGAAGGGCCUUCGCACAAGCGUGGCCCACCUAAAGGCUACCUUUCAGCCGUCAUCAGCCGCCUCGAAGCAAUGGAGGACACCCUUCUCUCCAAGCUCGCUGCAAAUUGCGAAGAAGACUCUCGUGCCCGGGACCUCCUUGCUGACCUUGUCGGCCCUACGGCUCUUGAGCAGGUGUUGAGCGGUAAAUUGCGAUUCUCAGCUGCGAGGGAGGCGAGGGCAGGUGAUGGCGAGCAGACGCUCAAGAAGGGGUCUGGGCCGCAUGGCGUGACAUGGCAUGACUCGUGGUGGGUAGCUAUGCCUGGCGUACCGGCUAGAGCUGCUUCUUCUUCGGCAGCGAAGAGCAUCUCUGCGCGAUUCUCUGUGCGAGACGCCGAGCCCGACGCUGGCGAGGAGGACGUUAGGCCUGGCACAUCUGCACCUGCGCCUACCGCGCCUAGACCCCGCCGCUCCAACUCGUCUGUCCAGGCUGCGGUCCUCCUGGCUGAGGCUUCAAACCAUCGGGGCAAGAUCUCCUCAUCCCAUCAAGUUCCCUUCUCCAGCGGCGCUCCUCGAGACGUCAACGGCGAGGAAUGCACUAUAGACGUGACUCUGAUUGACGGGCAGCCGCAGACCUCUCUCGUUGACGAAGGAGGGGUUCCUUGCUACCACGGUCUCCCCUGCGCACUCAGUAAGGUAGCCGCAGGCAACACACUCUGCAUCGACGGCAAGUGGCGGUUGCCCUUGGCGUCGCCUCGGCUUAGCACGAUCACGCCCUUGGCACUCCUGGAUGCUCACGCCAAGGAAGAGGCAAUUGCCGCCUAUUUCGAGCGGAUUCAGCCGACAUUCGCUGUCCUUCAUCGCGGCUGGUUUGACGCUCAGCGUGCGGCGAGGGAUGACCCAACCAUCGAUGUUCUCGAACAAGUCGUUGUAGCCCUCUCACUCAGCAACGGAGCUGGAACCCCUCUCCUUGAGUGCGGAUCUGCCGCGUGCCUCCUGGAUCCCACUCGCUCUCGCCCAUCCCUCAGCAAAGUGCUCUGCCUUGAACUACUGGCCUAUUGGGCCACAGGCCAAGAUGACGAGUCUCUGUGUGGCGCCUACCUCUCUCAAUCCAUCACGGCAGCCUACGCACUCGGCCUACAUCGCGGCGAGCAUGUUGAGGGCCUCGUCGUGGGCGACGAACAAGGAUCCGCAGUACGCCGCAUGGCCUGGGCCGGCUGCCUCAUCCUUGACAAAUUGCAAGUAGCCUCAGGACACCCACCUCUAAUCAACGCAAGCUUCUGUGACGCACUUCCCUACAUGCCUGCAGCGGGGCCAGACUCCACCUCAGCUGUAGGUAUGAGCGACACUCUCACUUCGGAGCGUGCUUCGCACCUCCUUUUGCGCUUGACCGAGCACCUCUGCUGCCUCGCGAUUCACAUCGAGCAACUCUGUGUCGACCUCUACUCCCUCGCGCCAAUUAGCCGCACCAGACUGCAGGACAUGGAGCGCAAGCUGGUUCAAUGCUCGCUCAAUUUGCACAAUCAGCUGCCACCCUUGCCUACCCUGGCAAAUGGGGACAUGCAGGCCAACGAGGUCGCCGCACUGGCCAAAGCAUCGCUCUCUACCAAGUUGGUCUUGUCCCAAGCUUUCAUUCUCCUGCAUGGUCGCUUCACUACUUCAGAGAGGAGGCAGGCCAGUUCGCGGGCCGCGAUGGACAUUUCAGUCGCACUAGAUGACCCUUACCUCCCUGCGGACCCUGAACAAGCCAUGCUUCCUCCCUGGUGCGUCGAGUCUCUCUUCGUUGCCGGGUGCGAGCUAGCGCGGGGCAUCCAACGAGCGCAAGCCACCGAGCACCAUCACGUGGACAUGCUCACAGCUCAUUUGAGUAAGAUCAAAGCGACCCUGCAUCAGCAGGCGAAUGCUUGGCCAAGAGCUGCACGAUGCCUAGCCGUGCUUGAGGCUACCCCGCUCUCGCUGUCGUCGCCUACUGUCGCCCCUGUUCUGACUUCGCCUUGGCCCAGGCAGCCAGAUGAUGGAUCCCACGCUGCCAUCUCUGAGGGGCGAGCUAACCGAUCUGUUCUUGUAAGCUCGACCAAUGCGGCCUCUCCUCUGAUUCAAGCAGCCGCUUCCUCGCCGUCCGCUACGCGAGCCCCCUUCAUGGACCACAGCGGUACCAGUGAUUUUUGGCAGUCACAGGCGCAGGCGCCGCUCGCUCACGACAACCCUGCAUUCAACGAUGCGACGAUGUGGCCUCCUUCUAUCACUGCCGUCGCUCACUCCGCAACCAUGAUCGCACCGACCUCAUCGACCGCGGACGCUGCCGCCACGCCCACCACGGUAGCAAAUGCUGCCUCCCUCGGCGCCAUCUUAGGCAAGUCAGCACCCAUCACUGCCCAUCACGCCGUAGCCGCUUGGCACGACUUUGCCGUAGGGGCGAGCACGACUGUUGACCCCACAGGCUUGACAGGAGGGAAUGGCGAGUACGUAACCGCUUAUCAGCAAAAUUGGCAUUCGAUGCAAUCCAAUCCGCAGGAUCAGCACCAGUAUCAACAACAUGUCGAUGUGUCUGAAGGUGGGAACACCCUGCACGUUGUCACGACGGGUCGGGAUCGCACCAUCUCGAUCAGCAGUCACGGCGGAGCCUCAAGCUCGCAACAACAGGUCUCGGGUUUUGCUAGCAGCCCAGGCAGUGCGGACUCGAUUCAAGCUCUGCCCGCCACCAGCCCAACGAUGCAGGCUAGUUUUACCGGUGGGGUCGGUGACAGUGUAACUACGGCGAGCAUGGAUGGGAUGAUGAAUUAUGCGCCUUCCUCAGUUGCGGAGGGGCACGGUUGCACUGGGGUCGCUCCAGCUACCGUCGAGUCCUCGCCUAGUACGAUGCAGGUACCUCUCAUGUCUCAAGCCUACUGGGAGACAACUGGAUCUGCCGGCGGGAACACGAGUCAGCUAGUCUCAACCACUGCGGCAGCGACUUCUGGGGAGCAGCUUCUGAACCAAUACCAACACGCAGUCGACACGAACAGCGGCGCCUCUACAGCUGGAAUGGCUCCAUGGUCCAGCUCGGCCUUCAUCUCCUCCAGCACCACCGCUGCAACAGGGGCGCCCAUCACUACCGGCCAAAGCCACUACGGCCCCUCGGCGUGCUCGCCAACGCUGACUUCCAUGCCUACGAUACACUGCGGCGGUGCCGGCGCUGAAGCAGGACUUGGGCUCACAGCCUGCUCGUCGUCAGCUGAGACAAGCACGUCUCGAGUCGAGGCAGCAGACGGUCUGAGCCUCCUGCCGGGGCUGAAACGCUCCUACUCUGUUCAACACCACGGUCAGGGCCAGCAUCAAUAUCAUUUCCAGCCGAUGGGUCAGGCUCUUCCGCAUCAUCAAGAAGGGGCGCCGAGUAUGGUAGUUGAGGAGGAUAUGAAGGCUCGCUUCCUGCCAACCAUCGCUGAGGAUCGUGCGGGAGGAGAGGAGGAGGGAGGGGACAAUCAAGGCGCGGCAGAACACCCUAGCUUGCAGGGAGAGGCAGAGUAAGGGAGCAUCAUUCUCUGAUGAGCAAUAGCCUUCCCCACCGCCGAGACUCAUCCUGAGAUUCUCCUGCUAUCCUGCCCCAGACUUCCUGCUUUCGUCAUCCAGCCCUCUGCUCUGCUUGCCUUAUUCUCUCAAUCUUCGCGCUCGGCAUUGGCUCUCCUUGCUCCUGUAACGAUUUCCUUCACUUCACGCUCAACUUAUCUCGUGCAAAUCACC